CCUGUUAUUACAAUUGUGGACGUUUUUAAGUCCCAAUUAGUAUUGACAAAUAAUUAUUGUUAAAAUAGAUAUGGAUGAGAUUGUAUUUGUUAUCAUUUGAUACAUGUAGUUUAACAAAUUAAAUUAAAAUUCAAUUUUAUUAUCCUCGCACUUUUCUUGACAGUGAGUCACAGAUUUGAAUUUUCAUUUUCAACCUAAUACACAAAUGAUUGUUAAUCAUUGACACUCAUUUAAAGAGGAAUGUAUUCGUCUUUAAAAUAAAGCAUAAACACAAAAAGGUGCAACAGAAUUGUUUUUAAAAAGAGUCUAUAAUACGUUUUAGAUAUAUAAUAUAGCGAAUCGGUUUCAAUAAAUGUAUAUUCCCACUUUUUUUAUUUCUCUGUGAGAGACAUACAUACCAUAAUAAUCUUAUCACCAUGGAAACGAAUGCGACUGCCGUGACCACACCCCUUUGCACACGACACAGCGUCGGGCAGUGCACUUCCUGGUUACUCGGCGCUGCACGCCUGUUGUGGCUGUUGAUGUCAGACUAUUGAUUGUUUUCUUCUCAAGGAAUGGUACAUUUAGUCCUAGGACGAUACUGCAUCGGCCGGAUUCGUCUCGCGCUCACUCUCAUCGGACUUCCGUAUUCGGUAUGCACCCUUGAAGUCAGGCCGGCCAUCAGUACCAUCAGUAGCAGUUGCUUUAACCUCUCCACAACAAGUGUCUGGACAAUGCCAUCCCACGCAGCGCCUCAUGUCAAGUCCAGAUGCCCCGAGUAUCCCGGGUCCAAAAUCAAGCGCUUCCUCGUGCCCGAUGACAAGAUGGGCUGGAGUCAGAGCUGGCCGCAGUAUAAUCCUGUCAGCCACACCGACCCUUUAGUAGAAAAGAAACCAGUUUGGGCUGAUCCUGAUAUUGGCUCUUUCUCUCCAAAGUUUAACGCUGAGGAUGCUGGUGUGGACAGGACGAGCUUUGACGGCAGCUACAAAAUGGAAAAGGGAAAGCCACUAAAUCCUCACGGACGCACUGGGGUGACUGGUAGAGGUUUGCUGGGCCGAUGGGGACCCAAUCACGCAGCAGAUCCCAUCGUCACCAGAUGGAAAAUAGAUGCCAAAAAAGCGAAGAUAUCUCACCCCGUCUCCAAGCGGCCUAUCCUGCAGUUUGUGUCCAUCAAGAGGAAAGACUGUGGGGAGUGGGCCAUUCCCGGGGGGAUGGUCGAUGCAGGGGAGCAGGUCUCUCUCACUUUGCAGCGGGAGUUCUCGGAAGAAGCCUUGAAUUCGUUGACGGUCCCGGCACCAGAGAGGGCAAAAAUCAAUGAGCGCAUCGGCAAACUCUUCAAAUCAGCAGGGUUUCAGGUCUAUAAAGGCUACGUGGAUGAUCCGAGAAACACUGACAAUGCUUGGAUGGAGACGGUCGCUGUCAACUUCCACGACGAAUCGGGCAACAGUGUGAGCGAGCUGCCGCUGCAAGCCGGCGAUGACGCAGGACAAGUCCAGUGGGUUGAUGUUGACUCGUCUGUCCCGCUGUAUGCCAACCAUUCCCAUUUCAUGGAGCUGGUUGCCAAAGAAAGGAAAGCUCACUGGUAACCAAGGACGACAGACUGACAUGACGACGAUGAAGGAAACAUGGAGCCUUGUUGUUCCCUGAGAUAAGGAUGCAUUACACCUAAACUUACCUCACUGAUGUAAACACAAUAAUCAUAGUUAGUGAAAGCUUAUCAUGUAUCUCAUUAGGUUCAUCCGUAUGCCCACUAUAUAAUGCCUAGCCGGUUUAGAUUAAUAUAGCAGAAUAUAUGAAAGCUACGGUCGGCUCACAGGACAUGUUAGAGCUACUCCUUGAUUUGUGUAAAGAAAAUUUUGAAAAUAAGGAUAAAUAAUAAAUAAAUAAACUCCCCGCUUAGAAGAAGCUUAACAUGAGACUGUAGCAUGCAAGGUGCUGCUGUGUGGCACGCCACAUUAUUUCUAUUGGCACAAAUUAUGCUAAUUAAUUCAACGUUAAUAAGGAUCACAUGAACCCAGAUUGAUAUUGGAAGAACAAACACAAUGAGAUGCUGAACAUAACACAUACUACAUUAAUUUAAGUGUGAUAUUAUAGGGAGGACGAUCAAAAUGAAAAAGUGCAGCCGGACUUUGAUCUCUCGGUGUGAAUAGAGUAAGAAGAUGUGCUGGAGCUGCCCACACAGCCCAGCAGUGCCCCAGAGCGGAGCACAGACGGGCUAGAGGGCGAGCAUGUUUUCAAGUGGUAACAGACGGUGGAAGCAAAGGCCGGUUCGCACGCGACAGCCUGCCUUUUAACGAAAAUCGGAGGGUGUCGUCUCACUGCCGGGCGCACUUUGAGUAUCUGUAAGAAUUCAAGAUACAGACGGCAACACGUGGAUACUGCUUUCAUCAAGAGGCCGGUAACGACACACAACCAAGCCUUUGCAAUGAGACAAGUCUGCUUUCUGGUGGAACUAACAGAUUUCACGAGAUGUGACGUGAAAAUUCUGUACGCAAUGAAACUAGUGAGCACGUGAACUAGACACGAGCGGGAAAGGGAGAUGAAAGUGGCUGCAAGAGAACCUAAUAAAAGAAAAAUCCAAUUCGGAUCGUAUUCGUCUUUUUGCUGAUCAGGCCUCAAUAUUUGUCUGCAGGAUAUGAUAUUCAGUUGCACUACGGUACGAUAGCAGCAGCAGCAUCAGUGUGUGGGUAGGUUCUGCUGUUCAAACCCGUUUCUAAAGGCAUAAUCUUUAAAAGGAUCACACUUAUGCAGAUAAACACGCAGCUCUUAUAGACUCCCAGUACACCAGGCCACUUACCAUCGGCUCUGAAACAUUUACAGUCAGAGCGCUUGCAGCGUUUGAUGUUUCAGGAAAAGGAGAGUACUUCCCAUCCAGAUGUUUCUGUUUUCUGAAAGUCAUGAUUAUCUUACUUUUUACUCAACCAUUUCUUAUGGGCUUUAUUUGUUUCUGAUUAUUGUGAUUAUAGCUGGUGGCUAGUACAAGACAAAUACAAAUAAAUAAAUGGCAGGAUGAGUGGUGGAAUAAUUGGAUUUUGAUUAGUUUUAUUAUAGUGUCCAAUGUACACAGCAGGAUUUGCUGAAUGAGUGUCUGUUGUUACUUAGUAAACUUGCACUAAAAAUAACUGACACCAACAGGUCUGAUCUUGUGUCUCUUUAUUAAUCCGGACUCCCUCAUAGUAUAUAAGUGUUUUGACGGUGGUUAUUAUACAUGGUGUAUUGUAUUCUCUCACAGGUAAUGUAACAGCAGCCGUCGUUAUGUUUCAGCCUACACAGUCGCAUUAGAGACUAUGCAUUAUGCAGUGCACUUUGAGCUCAAAAGAUCAUCAUAAUUGUCUGUUGUUUCUCUUUCCUCAUUGUGAAAAGGAAAAAAUUAAAUCUAUGGAAAAAUCUA